AAGCAAACUUUUGCUUGUAAGCAAAGUGCUCUCAGUCUGUGAAAUGUAUACAUCGUUUUAGACUGCAACUGCCUGCAACAGGUAGCCGUCAGUGAUGAGUUGCUGUCAUGGGUCUGUGUCCCAGGAGGAGGUCCGGCCUGGCACAGCACGGGUCCAAGUGAUUGAGUGUAGUGAAUCAGGCCAAAUCAACCCAACUCCUGCCACGAAACCCUGUGAGGACUCUGACACAGCAGUGGGGCUUUACCUCACUCCAGAGAAGCUGGAAUUGCUGUGUGGAACUCGGGACCUGUCUCAAGUGACCUCGCUGGAGAUCUGCGUAGACACACAAGAAAACACACUGGGUAACUUUGGUGCCUACUUGCCCAAGCUGGUGCAGCUCAAAAUGAACAACAGCACAAUUAUGUCAGCGAGAGACCUGGGAACCGCCCUCUCCCACCUGCAGGUGCUGUGGAUGUCUCGCUGCUCUCUACAAGACCUAGAUGGCAUUUCUACUUUCUUCUCCCUCAAGGAGCUGUACGUGGCCUAUAACAAUGUGUCCGACCUGAGUCAGGUUGGCAUGCUGGAGAACCUGCAGCUGUUAGAUCUGGAAGGGAAUGAUGUGGACGACCUAAUUCAGGUUCAAUAUCUGGGGUUGUGUGGCAAACUCCAGACACUCACCCUGGAGGGAAACCCUGUGUGUGUACGCCCAAACCCCACCGCUGUCCAGACGGCAGACUAUAGUUAUCGGGCUGCAGUGAGGGAGUUGGUCCCUCAGCUGUGUUACCUAGACGAUUUAAGGGUGGAGGAGGACAAGCUGAGCUGCGGCAGCGCCAUGGGAGAGGACUGGGCCAUUCUUCGAAACACCAUAAGAGACUGCAGUUUCUCUCAGGCAGCUACUGAAGACGAAGAAACAGCAGACAGUGCAUGUCCUUACAGCAGACCUGGGUCAGCCAGGCGCCCUGCUUCCAGCGGCUCCUACGUCUGGCCCCUCUCGUCAGCAGGCUCCAGACCCCAUACUGGCUCCAGACCCAUGUCAGCAAGCAGACCUGCAGUUCUCUCCCCUCCUGGAUCCAGACCUGGAUCUGCAGGCUCAGAUCUAGCAACAGUGGAAGCAGAAACCAGCACCCUGACACAUGGAGCUGGCAAGAUCCUGUUCUGUGGAAACCUAGUCAAGGCUGUCCGAGCAAAGCGAGAAAAGUUGAGGACAGCACCCACCAGGUCUGCUUUCACCCCCCGUGACCUGCCCAUCCAUGUGCCAGAGCACACGUACGACCUUGAGGAGCCUGAUGCGAGAGAACGCGGUGAUGUGUUUGCUGAGCUUAGAGCUUGGAGGGAGCAGCACAGCAGGCGUCUCCAGGUCAUAGAGCAAGAACGAUUGCCACAGGUCCUGGCUAUCCAGCAUAGUGAUAAAGAAGAGGGGGAAGAUGAUAAUGAUGAUGAAGAAGAAGGCUUUGGCGGUAUGAAAAAUGACAGUAGUGGUGAGGAAUAUGAAGCGGAGAAGCGUGGUGACAGCCUAGAUACUGCCUCGCCAGAUUCCUCUUUCCUGUCUCUUUCCCCAGACCCGCAUCACAGAGAGGCCUUAUCCCCCGAAGUGGCUCAGCUGUCCCUGUCCCCAGACGCCACGCUGUCCCCUUCACCCCCUCUCAGCGCCACAGCAGCUACUGGUAAUCGCAAACCACCGGGGAUCCGCGCACGUAGGCUUCGACUCAGCCAGACCAACUCAGAUUAUAUACCUGAUUUCAGCAGAGAAGGGCGCUCCCCGGGGACAGGUACAAGCACGGAGCAGGCGCUCCAGAGGGUCCAGCAGCUGACCAGGGCUAAUGUGCCUCUGUUGCCCCCACCUGCACACAUACCCCGCCCACCUCCAACAAACGCCCUGGGUGGAAGGCUCAUGAAUUCAUGUGCUGAGAUGGACUUACCCAGCAUUCAGUCUGGCAGCAAGCAUCGUCAAACUCCUCAGACAUCCAAACCGGUGGACAGACCAGCCAUUACUCGCCCUCACACGGCCAGGGCAGCUCUACAGAAACAUCACCAGCACCACAUACACCAGCCCUGCAGGGGGAGCUCACACCCAGACUGACACCAGAACAGGCAGAUGUUCAGUUGCCUGGCCAGUGAUCAGCAAUGUGACUGUGACAUACAAUUAAGAACAGAGUAGCGGCAUGGAGACCACAAAGGGGUGUUCCCCAUGUUUGCUCGCUCACACCGUGCUUUGAGGUGUGUUGGAAAGACCUGUAUUUUGCCAUAUGAUGUUCUCUCUCCUUUUUUUAAUGAAGAUAUAGAGGAUAGUGAAAGCAUUCCUAUAAAUGUUGGGACUAACCUAUAUACCAACAUCCAGUGAGCUCUCAACUCAUAGUGCUCUAACAUGAGUAACUGAGUAAUUAACACAAGUAACAGUGUAACUGGAGGACUUUCUAUGCUGAUAUAGUGUUUAACUAUUUAACUUUGAUACAACACCUUGAACAAUAUUGAUAUUUAAUUCCGAUUUUGAUAACAUGGGGAAAAAUUGACAUUGAGGGUAUAAAAUAUAUAUUUUUUUUAAUUAAAAGAUAAAUAUAAUAAGGUUAUAUAAGUAGCAGAGAACAGCAGAAAGACUGUAGUAAACAUUAACAGUAAGAGAGAACCAGAAAGCACAGCUGGUAUCAGUGUAGUGAUACUAUGGAAAAUGAGUAUUUAAACAGUUUUAAAUAUUCCAAAUCAAUAUGUAUUGGCAAAUUGAUCUUUUUGACAACACUACUCUUGAUGCGACUGAGUUACUGGCUUUCUGAUGGCGGUUUUAGCCUGAUGAAAAAUAAGGGAAUGUGACUAAUAUCUGACAUUUCUCAGGGUUAAGUAUUGAAUUAUUAUUACUGCUUUGUUGUGUUUCACUAAAUAAAAAAAAAAUCUUUUAGCAAUUUUAGAUUGUUUUUCUUCAAAACUGAGCCGCAAAGCUGGUCACAUCUAAAGAAUAAUUUCAGCUAUGGUUUCCUACAAGUCUUUUUUGUCACUCUUUUUUUUCAGAAACAGAGAACAUAAGGUCAUCAUGGGUGUUACAA